GUGCAGGAGACUUCAGGUUAAGGCUGAAUAUGUAACCAGGAGCGCGGGCUGGCUAUCUGCGGGUUUCACUGGUUUAAGGACAUGCUAGGACCCAAUAAAGAUAUCUUCACCUAAUAAUGAUGUAAGAUUAUUCAUGAAUCUCAUCCCUGCUGCCUUCAGACACUGAGGUGGCUCCACUCCGAUCGCCCAUACUAAAGCAGACAGGUCGUCCUCAGCAGGGGGAGGGGGGGCACCUGCUGUCCCGCUCCUCGCUGCAGAAGCUGUGACAGCACAUAUUUCGCGAACAGCUGGAAGGAAAGGCAGUCCUGCAACACCUGAGCGGGCUUAACGAUACGACGUCGUGCGCACUGGAGACGCGCCGAUAGCUGCUCCAUCCUGGGGGAUCCCGAAAUGAUGCCCCGUAUGCCGGGCGGCGGCCGGACAGCAUACACUGGCACAUUUCUGUCGGCAUGCCUGAUCUCUGCAUGUCAAGCCGCCCAGAGCUGCGGGGAGGUCCAGUGCGGCGCCAACCAGCACUGCUGUCCGCCCACCGUCACAGGGAACACCAGUGCCAGCUCGAAGGUGAGCUGCUGCCAGCUCUCCAUCCACGCAUUUUUCGACAACGUCGGCUGGUUCACGCGGAAGCUGUCCGGCAUCCUGAUCCUGUUGCUGCUCUUUGCCAUGGGCUACUUCAUCCAGCGGAUCAUCUGCCCUCGGCCCCGGCGGCACCCGCACCACGACCGCGGCGAGGAGCCGUCCCUCUUUCACGGACACACAUCGGCGUCCCAGGAUUCCCUGCUGGAGCGGUACCCCGAAUACAACCUCGGGGGCUUUGCCUCUCCAAACCUGCCGGCCUAUGACGAAGUUAAAUAUUUGCCCACCUAUGAGGAAAGCAUGCAAGACAUGCACAGAGACCGGUCCGGUGAGAACUUGUUGUCCGAAAACGAGAGUGGCGGCCAGGGCAGAGGGAGAGCAACAGGACCGAGAUCCGGAGACCAGAGGUUGGCUGCCCUGGAGGUCUCAGGACCUCAGAGCCCAAGGACAUCCCGGAACUCUGUUUGACGGAGACUGGGCAAGACUACAGAAACAUUAUUAUUCUUAUUUUAAUAUAGUCAGGGUAAAAAAAAAUCUUGCAGAGAUACAACGAACAAGUGCAAUUAUACUCCUGAAUGUAAAGAAUAAAAGAGAAGGCUGAGAAAAAUGCAGGACUACGUGUUUUCUGAGAUAACAGGAACCUGCUUUCCUUUUGUAUGCAAAUGACCGCUUGGGUUAUGGAAAGCAGAUUAUAAAGUAAGCGGAGGAGGCUGAAAUUGAGGCGCUUUGUGUUGGGAACAGCUAAAUUGGCUCCGGUACAAUCGCAUUAAGCUUUUUUAAACUUCAGCACCUCAAUUUAAUGGCAGCAUGAAACAGAUUUCCUGUCAAACUGAGGUCCUCUCUUAGUGCUUAAUAUACUGCCGAACCUGAAAAAUUCUCAUACUAUUUUGUGGAGCCUUUUCUUUAUUAAAUUUGCAUCCAAAAAAAGAAAAUAGUUUUUUUCAGUCCCCUUAGAAAUGGACUGAAAGAGAGAAAGGAUUAGGCAAAUAUCUGUUAUAAUUCUUUCUGAGACACUUUUUUUUUUUUUUUAAACCAGCCAGCCCUGGAGUCUAGCUUAUCAGCAUGAAGGCAGCAAUCUACCCCCACAUACACACUUCACUGGGAGCUGAUAGAUGAGCAUUAUAUAAAUGACCUGCUCGAUGCUUGACAUCUCUCCUGUGAGUGAAGCCUUACUGCCCCAGGUCCCAGCUUAUGAAUUCAAGAAGAAGAAGAAAAUGGAUGAGAUUACAGCUUCCAGACUGAUAAGAGCUAAAGUUGCACUUUUAUGAAGCCAUGUCAGAGAAGAUAGCUGCUGUCCCAAGGAGCAAAACAGCAAAACACUAGCUGACACGCAGCAUUGAAGAAAAUGUAGUCUUUUCUUUGUUAAAGCAGAAGGAUUUGAAGAUGCCAGAUGAGAAUACCUUCAAGUUUUGCAGAUGCUAACUGUCCUAACGAAACAAGAAAUUACACUUUAGCUCAACUGAAAACUGAGCUGAAUUUGAGAAAACAUGCUUUCUGUGAAUUAAUGCCAUACAUUUGUUAUAAUACUGAAAAGGCCAUUUUGUUCAUUUAGUAUUUCUUUACCUUGUGAUUGACCGGGUGUCUGGUAAAUAGUCACACUCUCCAUAUUGUAUUGUCUUAUCUUUAGGGCCAGGCCAAAAAUUCUAAUGAGAAUCUGCAUUAUCGCUGGAUGUAAGCCAGCCAAACGUCUUUUGUUGUACGAACAGUAUUGGAUCAUUUCUAAUUUACAUUAAUGGAAGGUUCUGCAAUUUUUUACAUAUGAACUGAAAGAAAAAAUGCUUUUCAAUUUAUUUGCCUGUCAACUUCAAAAUGGACGAAUGUUUUCUGUUUCCUGUGCAGAAAUGAAAAGGGGUGUUUGUAUAUAAACAGUGCGCCAAAUUAAAUCCCUUUAAAGAUACAGGAGCAGGUGUAAAGCAGAUAAUAACCAUCAGCUUAUCAAAUCAACUAAACUGAUUUAUCCCAGAAGCUCCAAAGUGCUCAUCUUUCAUCAUUACGAACAAUGCAGAACCGUAUCUGCAAAGCUAGCCUUUACAAUUAGAGACCCUGAGUUGAUCCCAACUCUAAAAGUCUGAGUGUGAUUGUGGUGGCUUUUGUAAACCAAUAUCGCCUGACCAUAAUGGCAGAGCCAGUAGUGAUCACUGAUGGCUUUCUUUUCCUGAGGGACAUUUGUGGGCGGCUGGAGUUU